AUGGAACACUGAUUUCAUAUUCUUUUCAAAGAAGACAAAACUUACAAUUCUUGAACUUGUUAUUUAUUCCUACAGCUAGUAAUUAGUAGAGUGGGCAAGGUGUAAAAUGAAUUUGCCCAUUCUCCUGCGCGCCACACCACCACCACCUGCCGCACUUCCUCCUACAGUGUCUACAACUAGAAACUUGAGUACUGAAAGAGAAAACUACGCAAUUUGGGGACAAAACUUGAAAUUUUCCAUUAAAACCAAACAAGGUGGAAGUUUGCCAAUACUUAAGAAUUGUUCAAUUCAGAUACCUUCAGGUCAAUUAUGGAUGCUUCUUGGACCUAAUGGGUGUGGAAAAUCUACCCUUCUCAAGAUAUUGGCUGGCCUGUUGAAACCAACUGAUGGGAGUGUUUAUGUUAAGAAGCCCAAAAGUUUUGUUUUCCAAAACCCAGAUCAUCAGGUAGUGAUGCCGACUGUCGAAGCUGAUGUUGCGUUUGGCCUUGGUAAAUUUGAUCUGACCUACGAAGAAGUUAAAUCCAAGGUUGCAAAAGCGUUAGAUGCUGUGGGCAUGUCUGAGUAUUCAGAAAGGCAAGUGCAAACUCUCAGUGGUGGUCAGAAGCAGAGGGUAGCUAUUGCAGGUGCAUUAGCUGAAACAUGCCAAGUACUGUUGCUAGAUGAGCUCACAACAUUUCUAGAUGAAAGUGAUCAGGUCGGAGUUAUCAAAGCAGUGAAGAAUUCCCUGACGAGCUCUGGAGAAGUAACUGCUUUGUGGGUGACCCAUCGCUUGGAAGAACUUGAAUAUGCAGAUGGUGCAAUCUAUAUGGAGGAUGGGAGAGUGGUGAAGAAUGGCGAUCCUUCGGCGAUUUUGGAUUUUAUCAAUAGACAGCAAGCAUUGUACAUUGAGAAAAUUAAUUCCUGAGGAUCUAUUACCAGUUUAAUUUUUGUUUCAAGCUAAAACUUGAUUAUUUUCUCUUGUAAACCUGUUAGGGGGAAGAACCACUUUUAA